UGCUCCAGUAGAAAUUUCCAACAGAAACCAAACUAGUCCUAAAACGAAGAUCCGCUACAAAACUCCUACCAGCCUACCACCCAACCGAAAGAAAGGCCAAUGCUUGUGACUCAGCUACACACCAACAGUCCGGCACAAGCUCUGCUCUGCCACUCCCAAUGCAUGCGCUACAAAUACAGUUAUAGCACAGAACUACACGUACGCCGCCGAACGACCCUGAAGUUGAUCGCCCGACGCGCACCGAACAGGUCGACAAUGGCAAAGAACGCCACGGCCAACGCCGACCCCGGCGACGAGGUCGUACACGACUUCUCUCCGCUGCUCCUUGUCCACAGGAGCGGCAGGCUCGAGCGGCCCCUCGCCAUGCCGCCCGUCCCACCCGGCCACGACGCCGCCACGGGCGUCGUGUCCAAGGACGUGUCGCUCUCGCCCUUCUCGUUCGCGCGUCUCUACCUCCCGCCCGAAACGGACGCCGGCGCCGGCAAGAAGAUCCCCGUCCUCGUCUACUUCCACGGCGGGGGUUUCGUGAUCGGGUCGGCCGCGUCGGCCGCCUACCACCGCUGCCUCAACGACCUCACCGCGGCCUGCGGCGCCGUCGCCGUCUCCGUCGACUACCGCCUCGCCCCGGAGCACCCGCUCCCCGCCGCGUACGAGGACUCCCUCGCGGCCCUCAAGUGGGUGCUCUCCGCCGCCGAUCCGUGGCUCGCGGAGAGAGCCGAUCUGUCCCGCAUCUUCCUCGCGGGAGACAGCGCCGGCGGCAACAUCUGCCACCACCUCGCCAUGCACCACGACUUGAGGGGAACAGCAGGACGGCUCAAAGGCAUCGUCCUGAUCCACCCGUGGUUCUGGGGCAAGGAGCCCAUCGGCGAAGAGCCCCGGCCGGGGCGUGCGGAGGGCGUGGAGCAGAAGGGCCUGUGGGAGUUCGUGUGCCCCGACGCGGCGGACGGCGCGGACGACCCCCGGAUGAACCCGAUCGCGGAGGGCGCGCCGAGGCUGGAGAAGCUGGCGUGCGAGAAGGUCAUGGUGUGCGUCGCCGAGGGGGACUUCUUGCGUUGGCGCGGCAGGGCGUACGCCGACGCGGCGGCCCGGGCGAGGGGCCCCGAGCCGGCGGUGGAGCUGUUCGAGUCGGAGGGGGUCGGGCACGUGUUCUACCUCUACGAGCCUGCAACGGAGAAGGCCAGGGAGCUGCUCAAGAGGAUCGUGGCGUUCGUCAGAGCGGAGGGAUCACGCUCCGCCCGCGCCGUGGCGCAAUGCUGAACGGAAACGAUGGUAGACAAACUGCAAGCACAUCAAAAUAAACGACGACUAGGCGAUUCAAGAUAAUGAUGAUGGGACGCGGUUUUUCUGAGCUCGAGCUCAAAUAUGCUCGGGUGAACACUAAAAUUCUGAAACAUGAUUUUCUUAAAAUAAUUAUGGACUUUUUAUAUGGCAAAGAUUGACAAAUGUUUUC